GUAUUGGAGGCUUCCUGCACUCACUAUUCGGGAACAUGCUGGCUAGGCUGACCUGUGUUCAAGGCUGGCUGCAGUGCUCAGGGCCAAGCCUGGGGAUUUGGUCCCAGCAGAUAUGCAGGAGUUAUUCAGAUUCCAGAGACAGCAGUUGGCUUAGAUCUUUGUUUGUGAGAAAAGUGGAUCCUCGCAAAGAUGCACACUCCACUCUGCUGUCCAAGAGAGAGACCAGUGGCCUUUAUAAAAUGCAGUUUCAUAAUGUGAAACCAGAAUGCCUGGACGCUUAUAACAAACUGACAGAGGAAGUACUGCCGAAACUGCAUCAUGACCCGGACUACCCUUGUGAUCUAGUGGGUAAUUGGAAUACGUGGUAUGGGGAGCAGGACCAGGCAGUUCACCUGUGGCGUUUUUCUGGGGGUUACCCUGCGCUUAUGGACUGUAUGAAUAAGCUGCGAAACAAUAAGGAAUACUUAGAUUUCCGAAAAGAGCGCAGUCAGAUGCUCAUCUCCCGGAGGAACCAGCUACUCCUUGAGUUCAGUUUCUGGAAUGAGCCUGUACCUCGGAAGGGACCCAACAUCUAUGAACUGCGUACAUAUAGACUGAAGCCAGGGACAAUGAUUGAAUGGGGAAACAAUUGGGCUCGUGCAAUCAAACAUCGUCAGGAGAAUGAGGAAGCAGUAGGUGGAUUCUUUUCUCAGAUCGGAGAACUAUAUGUUGUGCACCAUCUUUGGGCGUACAAAGAUUUACAAUCCAGAGAAGACACUCGAAAAUCCGCUUGGACCAAAAGAGGAUGGGAUGAGAAUGUGUAUUACACAGUCCCCCUGGUCCGGGAUAUGGAAUCUCGUAUCAUGAUUCCAUUAAAGAUUUCCCCGCUUCAAUGACGACACUUGCCUCUAAGUUUAAUUUCUCCCUGGAACCAAGAUUCAGUAAUUUGACCAAAUCACACCUCUGUGGUUCUUUUAGGACCGUUACAUGGAGAAUGAGCAGUUAAGACAUCAUCUCAUUUUACACCAUCUUUAAUGGCAAUUUAAACAUGGUAUAACUCCCAGACAUCCUGGUCUACAAGCUAUUUUGUUUUGUUCCUCAAGCACUUUGUUGUGCGUUUUAGAUGAACAGAGGAACUCUAGACUCUAGAGGAACAAUGUGUGUAGAUAUUUAAUUACUUUUUAUUGCUUUUCUCAUGUAAUUACGGAGUUAUAGUUUUAACGUAACUCCCUGCUUUAACUUGUAAGUUGACCAACUGUAAAAAGAAAACCAGUAAUUGAUACAAUUUAUGAAUUACUCAAUUCUAUUUUGCUGGAAAAACACUAGAAAUGGCUAUC